AUGUGGCGAAAACAUAUUUUGGCCCGGCCUGUAUAUUAUCUCGGUUAUAAACUCGAGUUUAAAUUAGCCAGGGGAUCGUCAUCUAGUCCGUCGUCAUCGAAAGCCAGGAUCAAGAAGAUUAGCCAACAGAUUCAGAAUGGCAACCUGUAUCUCAAAGCCGAGCUGCAGUAUCGCUGGAUUUACGAACCAUCAUUUGAUUUCGUUUGUACUAUUUACUUGUAA